AGCUGUGCGUCCUGCUCCGGUCACCACCUCCCUGUCAGCUGCUCCUCUCCCCCUCAAAACAGCAGAGCUCCAACAUGUGAGCAGCCGGACUGAAGCAUGAUUUUUGCUGUGGAUGUUUCAUGGUGGAUGCAUAAAUAAUCUCUGCGGGGAUGUAACGCAUGGAUUAUGGGUCGGGUCUGGGUAUGUUGGUGCCAAAUCCUGCUGCUUGCUCUGCGCGUUUGCGGGAGUUCUGAAGAGGAAGACGCGUCCUGCGAUGGAGUCUUUGAUAUCUAUUUUGUUUUGGACAGAUCAGGCAGCGUGUGGGGACACUGGAAUGAGAUCUAUGAGUUUGUGGAGCAGCUCACUAGCAGGUUUGUCAGCCCCAGGAUGAGAGUCUCCUACGUUGUCUUCUCAGCCCAGGCUGCUGUAGUACUUCCUUUAACUGGAGACAGAUCUAAAAUAGAUGAGGGUCUUAACGAGCUGAGACAAAUCAAUCCUGCUGGGGAAACCUACAUGCACGAAGGUUUGAAAGCGGUGUCAGAACAGAUGAAGAUACAGUCGUCCUCCUCAUCCAGCAUUAUUAUCGUACUGACUGAUGGGAAGCUGGACAUUUACCUCUAUGAACUCAGUGUACAGGAGGCUGACAAGGCCCGAACGUUUGGAGCCAGAGUGUUUUGUGUUGGAGUAAUGGACUUCGACCCCACGCAGCUGGCGGAGAUCGCAGACGGCACAGAGCAAGUGUUUCCAGUCAUGUCCGGCUUCUAUGCCCUCAAAGAUAUUGUUAAAAAGGUCCUCCAGCAGUCGUGCAGUCAAGUGUUCACAAUAGAGCCUUCCAGUGUUUGUGUCAACGAGUCAUUUAACGUGGUGUUGAGGGGCACUGGGUUUAGUGGAUCCAAGAGGACAGACAACAUCCUCUGUGUCCUUUCUGCCAAUGAACUACUUUACAAUGAGAAGCCAACAGUAGUUCGAGACGGCUAUCUGCUGUGUCCCGCUCCCCGUCUGCACGAAGUUGGACAAUCAGUUGAAGUGCUGGUUAGCCUGAACAAUGGGAAAUCUUACAUCUCUGGUCCAGUAACUAUACAUGCAACUACAUGUUCAGAUGGGACCUGGGUGCUGUGGCUGCUGUUGGCUCUGCUGCUCUUACUGGCUCUGGGUUUACUCUGGUGGUUCUGGCCCCUUUGCUGCACUGUGGUCAUCAGAGACCCACCCCCGUCUCGCCCACCUCCUCCACCUCCCAUCAUUGAGCCAGAGGAGGAGCCUUUCCCUAAACACAAGUGGCCGACAGUGGACGCCUCGUACUACGGAGGGAGGGGUGCUGGAGGGAUCAAACGCAUGGAGGUGCGAUGGGGGCAGAAGGGCUCCACAGAGGAGGGGUCGCGACUAGAAAAAGCCAGAAACGCUGUAGUCACUAUGCCGGACGAAGUGGAGGAGCCCAUCAUUCCUCGACCCCCACCAAGACCUCCUCCAGUCUACAACCCCCCAUCCCAGUCCAAAUGGUACACUCCCAUCAAGGGGCGUUUUGAUGCACUGCUGGCCUUACUGAGGAGACAGUACGACAGAGUGGCAAUCAUGAGGCCGACACCUCAGGACAAGGGUCGCUGCAUCAGCUUCACCAGAGUUCAGUCUCACUGACGUGAAAACACGAGGAUCAUCUUCUCUUCCAGAUACGAACGUCAAGCAUUUUGUGUUU